CGCUGCGAGAGGGUGUCGGCAGAGGAGUACCCUGAGUCGUGGCCCAACCAUCCAGUAGGCAACAUGGCCCUGUGACGCGCCUCUCUUCCUCUCUCUCUCUCUACCUCUUACUCUCUCGAACAACUGCACGGGAAUACCAAUCCGAGAGGACGUGUGUUUAAGUGCCAAGGGUAUCGCAAAGGAGUGCCUCACAGAGUCUCCCAGGAAUCUCCCAGGAUCCCUCGCUAGCCAGCAGGGCGUUGCCGCCACCAUGCAGGUGGAGAAGCUCGUCUCGAAGACAUCCAGCAGUAUAUGGGAGACUUACACCAAGAACUUGAGAAACUCCACGCCGUCACGGAUGCUGUCCCCCUCUAUCUCCCCGGCCACAUCGCCCACCCUGACACACAGCGGGUCUCCUACGCCGCCGCUCUACCCAACACAACCCAAGAUCUCGGGCAUCCCCACCGUCGCCGCCGCCUCCAGAUACGGCUCCUCCGCCCUCUGCAGAUUUACGGCUCCUGUACACAUCGACGUCGGCGGAUCUAUCUACACCUCUUCCUUGGAGACGCUUACAAGGUACCCGGAGAGCAGGCUGGCCAGGUUAUUCAACGGGUCCAUCCCCAUCGUGCUGGACUCCCUCAAGCAGCACUACUUCAUAGACCGGGAUGGCAAAAUGUUCCGCCAUAUCCUCAACUACAUGCGCCACGGCAGGACCCUGCUGCCGGACGACUUCAGCGACCACGACCUGCUGCUGGAAGAGGCCAGGUUCUUCGAGAUUAGCGGUUUGGUAAAACAAGUCGAGGACAUGAAGAAGGCACGGCAGGAGAACCGCAGGGCGUCCUCGGUGUGCAGCAACAGCCUCUCCUCCAACACCUCUUCCAGCAAUUCCUCCCUCAGACACAAGCCUGUCGUCAAUGGCAUCAAGAAGGAGGACGACGGCCACGGCUACGAGGUUAUCGCCCUGAACAUCUCACCGGACCUGGGGGAGCGUGUCAUGCUCUCCGGAGAACGCUGCGUUAUCGAGGAGCUGUUUCCCGAGGUGGCGCAGGCCAUGAUGGACGCCCGAUCCUCGCUGUCCUGGAACCACGACCACCGGUUUAUCAUCAGCGAUGUUGAUGCAGAUGACUGUAAAGAUGUUUUACGAGAAUCGUGUUCCUGGUUGCCGGGUUCAUCGUGGAUUCUUCAGUGCCAUGCUUUGUACACACUGUCGGUGCUCGAGAGACCGCCGCUGUCAUGUCACCCACGAGAUUUUCGAUUUGACGAUCAGCUGGGUGACAUGCCAGUCGCUGUUCUUGAGAUUGUUCUGGCAGCGCUGACGGUGUUCUGCCAAGUGAAUCAGGAUAACAGCAUAACAAUGCUGACGAUAUUCUCUCGGGAUAUGCCCAAACGUGCACCACACACCAUGCUCAACAAAGUCUUGGCUUUCGAAAUGUCCCGUAGAAUUUAUCGUGCCAUACUCACUAGGAGGCAGAGUGCGUGGGUGUGGGGACCUCUCUCCUUCACACGACUCAUGGGACGCGUGGACAUGGAGCAGGCAUCGAAAAACGUUUCUUUCUCCUCUCACCAACAACGUUUCAAUGCUCGGGCAGAGAGAAUGCUCCAGGGCCGUCGUCGAGCUAGACCACGCCCCCUAAGCCACGCCUCUCACCUGCCGUUAGAGACCCGGCCAGGUCAGGACUGGGUCAAGGAGCAGUACAAAACAGAGGUCGAGGCAGGUCAGAGUCACCCCGUGAACUAA